AUGAAUCAUUCAAGACAAGGACAAAGCAUUCAAUCGUGUCUCUUUAAGCAAUCACAUCAAGCUCGAACAAAGUUUCGAAUUCGUUUGAAUGUAUCAAUUGAUUGUGUUCGAUUUCUUCUACAACAAGAGAUCGCAUUUUGUGGACAUGAUGGAUUUGAAUAUUUAAACAAUCGAGGUAACUUUCUUGAACUAUUACAUUGGUUGUGUGAUCAUAAUGCUGAGAUUGCACUUGAAAAAUCACAAAUUGACAUCACCACGAGUUCAGAAAGAUAUUUGAAGAAGCAAAUGUCAGUUGUCAUUCGUUAUAUGAAGAAUGGGCAUGUAUUGGAACAUUUUAUUGGUGUUACGUAUGUUUUGAGUACCACAACUGUUGCACUUAAGACUGCAAUUGAUCAAUUAUUCUCCACGCAUAGCUUAACAUUUGUAGCUGUGGCACAAAAGCAUCUAAAAAUUGAAGCUUUCUUCACUUCAGUACACAGAUUGGUGAAUAUUGUUGGAAGAUCGGCUAAGCAAAUUGAUCUUAUUCGAGAGAAACAAAGACUCAAAAUUCAUGAAGCACUUAGUGUUGGUGAAAUAUCAAGUGGACGAGGUCUCAACCAAGAAACUACUCUUAAGCAUUUUGGUGAUAUUUGUUGGGGCUCUUAUUACAGUUGUUUGAUUAACAUGAUUCUCAUGUUUUCAGCCACCGUUGAUGUUGUUGAGGCGAUUGCUACUGAUAUACAAGUUCUGGAGCAAGAGAACAAAGUGAUUCGACUAUGUGGGUAUUAUCCAACAAAUUUUAACACAACAAAUAUCUCAGAACUUGAUGACCAAUUAGAUACAUAUAUUUUUGACAAGCGCACUGAUGUUGAAGGAUUACAAGGCCUUAGUGAUCUAACACAAAAAUUGGUUGCGAAAAAUAAGCAUGAAGUGUAUCCAUUAGUUUUCAAACUUGUGACAUUAGCCUUAGUUCUUCCCAUGGCUACUGCUACAGUCGAGAUAGCAUUUUCUGCGAUGACUUACGUCAAAAAUCGUUUGCGCAAUCAAAUUAGAAAUCAAUAG